GCGCUGGGGGCGGAGCGGGGGCCGGGCCGGGCCGGGCCGGUCGGUGGCGGUGCGGGCGCGCUGUGCCGUAGCGCGGGGCCAUGCCGUUCCUGGAGCUCGACACCAACCUCCCGGCCGGGCGGCUGCCCCCGGCGCUGGCCCAGGACCUGUGCGCGGCCGCCGCAGACAUCUUGGGCAAGCCGGCGGAGCGGGUGAACGUGACGGUGCGGAGCGGGCUGCCCAUGGUGCUGGCGGGCUCGGGCGAGCCCUGCGCGCAGCUGCUCGUCUCCUCCAUCGGCGUGGUGGGCUCGGCGGAGCAGAACCAGCGGCACAGCGCCCGCUUCUUCGAUGUCCUGACGGCGCAGCUGGGCCUCGGCCCCGAGCGGAUUUUCAUCCGCUUUUACCCACUGGAGCCCUGGCAGAUUGGCAAGAACAGAACAGUCAUGACAUUCCUGUGAUACCCUUGAGCAGCCGAUGGAACAAAGCAAUGAUGAAGAGAAUCUAGAGAUUACCAGCUCCAUCUAUCUAAUUGUUUCCUCUUAUGAUCAAAUCUGUGUAGCUCUGCACUUCACCUGUGUAAUUCACUUUUGUCUUUGCAUCCUGUGCACACAAAGCUGAAGAGUGGGACGAUCAACUGUAUUAACGUUACUGAAAUAAUUCAAGGUCUUUGUCUCAAGCCUGUCUCGUAUCCCAAAGGCUCUCCUGGUGUGGAGUUUUGGGAUCAUACAGCAUCUCGCUGUCUUCCGUGGCUGGUGUUUUCAGCUCACUGUCCCUGUGGGGAAGCAUUUUAGGUUUUUAGGACCCAUAUGCUCCCUCACUUUAUAACUGAAAUACAUGAGGCAUUUUAGUAAAACAAAAGCACAGUAUUUUUUAUGUCUAAUGUUAUCUCCGUCUUCCACUGGUAAUGAGAACACUUCUCAGUGUUUUCAGACUCCUACCAGCCACUUUGUGACUCGGUCAGGUUGCAGACGGGGAGCUCAGAGGAACUGAGAGCCCGCCCUUGGAACAUAAAAGUGUCCAUGGGAACACAAGGCUGGAGGAUGCUCCUGUGCCGCUCUGCCAUUCUGAUUGCGGUUUUAUUUGAGACUUGAGGACUUGAGCUAGUUGAAAAUAUUCCUUCUAAUUACCAUUUGCACUUAGUUGUUCCCUAUGCAGCUUAAACACCUGUGUUUGCAAAAGUCAGGAAUAUAACACCAAACACCAGUUUGUGUGUCAGGCUGGGGGGGACACACACGUUAAACCUGAUCUAGUUAAUAAAACAUAUAAAAGCC